AUGCGGGAGCAAGGAAAAGCAAAAGCGGUAUCAUGUGCAACGCAUUGCAAAGUGGAAAUGAACAGAUCUAAUUGGAGAGGAGAGGAGAGGAAGGAUGAGGUUACCAUGGAUUUUCGCGAUACAGAUCUCAAUGCUCAACACAACGUUGCAGAUGCAGAUGCAGAUGCAGACGUAAAUGUAGAUUUGGUGCAAAUGGAGCGCCACAGCAAGGAACAAAUGUCGAGAGGAUGUUACAGUACCAAAGAGCAAAGAGAGGAUGCAGAAAAGUGA